AAAGAUGGCCGCAGCAGGAAGCUCAGCUCUCUUCAUGUUGUCAGCAGCUGGUGUAGCAUGGCAGAGCUGGAGGAUCCUGGAGCUGCUCCGUACGGGAACUUCCCCAACUACUACACGUUUCAUCCACCGGAGAGCCGACUCAGCCUCCUUCCCCCGGGACAUCUGCUGGAGCUCCUGAACAGACAGGGGGGAGGGGAGGCGCCUCUGCUGGCCCUGGAUGUGGGAUGCAACACAGGAGAUCUCAGUAUUGGUUUAUAUAACAAUCUCUUACAACCAAAGGGAAGCUCAGAGGCAUUGCAAGAUGUCCGAUUCUUGUGCUGUGACAUUGACCCUGAUCUGAUCCUCAGAGCGAACACCGGAAACCCCUUCCCCGUUUCUCUCACAUUCUCUUCUCUAGAUAUCAUGGACCCCUCAUCACUGGACAUCUUACAAAACUUCUUGGACAAAUUUGGCCAAUCAAAGUUUGACAUUGGAUUUUGUAUGUCAAUAACCAUGUGGAUCCAUCUAAAUCAUGGUGACAGCGGACUGGUAGAAUUCCUCAAGAAACUAACAACACUGUGUGACUUUCUGCUAGUGGAGCCUCAGCCAUGGAAGUGUUAUAGGUCAGCGGCCCGACGCCUACGCAAGCUGGGGAGACAAGACUUUGAUCACUUCCACAAUCUGGCCGUCCGUGGUGACAUGACAGAACAAAUCAUUGACAUUUUGGCCAGACACUGCAAUAGUGAACUUGUUCAUAGUUUUGGUAAUACAAGUUGGGAACGAAGUCUUUUACUGUUUAAAAACAGAACAAAAUUACCCAGCUAG